AUGACAACCUUUUGCUUCUCAGUGGUCACAAAUGCGUCCGUGGCAGUGAACCUGUCGAUAUGUUUCCAUGGAGACGACAAGUUCAAGUACUUUGCCUACACCUUGACCUACUCGAUGCUGUUCCCUGUGGCCUUUCUGUCCAACCUGUGCGCGCUGAUCGUCUUCACUCUACAGAGGAAAGAGAGACCAUCUUCGUCGUCAAUGGUGAUGGUGAACAUGGCGCUGUCAGACCUCAGCUUCUCUCUGACGCUACCCCUCAGACUGGUCUACUAUUCCAGGCAGGGCAUCUGGAACUUUCCCGACUGGCUCUGCCGCCUCUGUGUCUAUGGCUUCUACGUCAACCUCUACACCAGCAUCCUGUUUCUGACUCUUCUGAGCAUGCUUCGAUGGCACGCUGUGGUACAACCACUACAUCAUUCCAGACUGGCCACUCCCAAUCGCGUUCUGUUGGUCUGCCUGGGCAUCUGGUUGUUUGUGGGCGGGUCUUCCUCCUUCUUCCUGGCUCAGGGUGUGGUCUACAGAGGAGGCAUCCCCCGCUGUUUUGAGGUGCAAAGACCCUCCUCUUGGCAGAAGGUCCUGGCGCUGAAUUACUUGGCGGUAAUCCUGGGGUUUGCUUUGCCGUUCGUCAUCAUCAUCUGCAGCUACAGCUUUCUUCUGAAUCACCUGACCUCUCGCCCAGCCUCCCUGCGUCUCAAGAAAGGAAACCGGGAACCCAGUGUGGCCAGUGUGGCCAGGCGGAAGAGAUCUCUGUCGCUGGUGACGGCCGUCUGCGUCACCUUCCUGCUGUGUUUCUUCCCGUACCACACCGUUCGCACAGUGCACUUACACUCUGUGUGCGGAGGAUGGAGCUGUGCCGCUGUGGUCACGCUGCAGCGGCUUGCGGUGGUCACGCUCUGUCUCGCCGCUUCUAACAGUGCAGUGAACCCUUUACUUUAUUACUACUGCACUCAGAACUUCAGGGAAAAACUAAAACGGGCCAGCACCAAGAUUACAAACAGUAGGAGAUUAUCGCGGCCUGAGCUCUGA